UUAUUUUAGAUUCGCCUUGUUGCCUAAUGCUGCCAUAAACUGCCUGUUUCAAAUGAUUAUGUAGGGCCGGUUUGGAACGCAAUGGCUGGAUAUGCUGCAGCACAGGACCGCUGCGAUUUGAAAGGCAGAGAGGACGUGGAAUCCAAUUAUAGAUAUCACAGCCUGGCUAAUUUGAAACACACCCUAUUUUAGCUAGUCUUUAAAAUAGUGUGUUUUCAGUUUAUCAAUGACUUUGUUUCUUUACAGAUAGAUGAUCAAUAGCGAUAGAUACAGCGCGGGUGAACGAGGGGCGGGGCUCCGCCCUGGAAAGGCAGUUGCUUGGUUACCGUGCGAGUGACACUUCCGGCUGCGGCUCGGGUGAGCGAGAGAGAGCAGAGACCAAAGGAGCCGUAAUGGCGUCUGUCCUCUCGUCUUAGAAACAGGGACAGUAGCUGUUCUUAAUCUGCAAACAUCGCCCUAAAUAUAGGCCAGAUAGGCUCCCAGGGCCAUUGAAAAUAAACUAGAACAUCUGCUGCACACGAAUAUACUGACAUUUCUGACCAAUAUCAAAAACAAAGAGAUUAAAAGUCUAUAUAUAUAUAUAUAUAUAUAUAUAUAUAUAUAUAUAUAUAUAAAGCGACCAUGUAAACAGUAUCAACCGAUUCAAGUUUUCAAUUUCAGUUUUGUGAAACAGUAUCGCCCAUUCAUCAUGGACUCUGGUUGUUUCUGAACUCCAUCGGAAACAGAAGGAAUUAAAUACCUUUCCUUACGCCUGCACCCGGGCUAAGGAAUAAUAAAAAGGUGUUGAUUAUAGACGUUUCUUUUACAAAAAAAGAGAGAAUUAAACACCAACAAUAAACAUCUUCGACUGCUGCUAGGGAGGGGAGAGAUGAUCAGGAUGUAGCGACUUCUCUUUAAAAACGCUUUCACGUUCAGUCGAUUUAUUUGUGUUUUUAUUUGUUUUUCUUCCGAGCAGGUCAGUGAGGGAGAGACCUGGAAUCAAUCGAGAGAAAGCAUAGGAAAGAAACAGAGAGAGACCGUGGGCUACUCCGUGUUUUUUUUUUUUUUUUCUGUAAUUAUUAAUUGUUAAGUUUACCUUUUUUUCGUUUUUUGUUUUAUUACGUUAAUGCUUCGUUGUGGUUGGAGAGGCCUGGCGUUGCCGUGAGGAAUGCCCGGUUCUGAGAGACAACAUGGAAGAAAAUACCCGGAUGGAGGCAUUGUCGUUCAGUUACAACAGCAACCAAGCAACAGCGGGACCCUGCAAACCGCGCAGCCACAACCUUCCUCGGCUACAAACAUGACCAGCAAAGACGGCAAGCACGCCCUCAUGGCCUCCGUGUCCGGCUCCUCAGCUAAGCACAAGCGCCACAAGUCCAAAUGCAACAAAGCAGCGCUCGACCACAGGCCCGGCACCACCACGAGCUCCGCGGCGCCCCCAGCGGUGAGUGUUAGUAAACCUUUAGUGGAAUACGACGAUAUCAGCUCCGACUCCGACACGUUCUCGGACGUUCCGACAGGUAGGUCUGACAAGCGUGGCGGGGAGAGGUGUGCCGAGGCUGUGGCAGACCACCACGGGAAAAGGGGAGGUGUCAGCGUGGAAAGGCGGAGUCACAAGCACAGGCACCCCCACAAGAAGUCCAAAGACCCUCACAAGGUAAAGACAGUAGGGAGCAGGGAGAAGAAGAAAAGCAGCAAAGAGCGAGAGAAGGAGAAGGGAGGGGUCAGGGAGGGGGCCAGGAGCAAAGACAGGCCCUCGGGCUCCAGGAAGCUUGAGGACGCAGGGACUGGGAAGCGGGGCGAGCCUGCUGUCUCCUCAUCCUCUUCCGCACCAGGACAACCAGCAGGCGCCAACCCCACUCCCUCCAAGAGCAAGGAGGGCGGCUGGGCAGCCAAAUCCCACAAGGACAGCAAACAGAGGCGUGACAAGGGCGACUCCCGUGCUGCCUCCUCCCAAAAGGACAAGGGGGACAAGAGCCACCGCAAGAAGGGGUACAAGGGGAGCCCCCGUAGGAGGCAAAAGGGCUCCCCCAAACCCAGAGGCGGGGGAGGUGAAGACAGCCCUGAGGCAGUAGAGGGUGGGUAUGGGCAGGACAAUGAGGACAGUUACCACUACCACCACCGGAGGCAGCAGAGCCCCAGCCCCCCGGCCUGCAAGGAGCCCACCGGGAGGGGCAGCCGGCUCCGCUCCUCCAGCGACGAGAGAGACAGCAGCCCCGGAUGCUCCAGCAGGAGGCGCUCUCUCAGCCCCUACGCAAACCGCAGGUCCUCCAGCGCCAGCCCAGAGUCACGGCGGUCGGUUCGUUCCCGCAGCCGCUCCCCGCCCCCCUUCUCCUCCUUGUCCCGAGGAUCCUCGUCUCGCUCUCACAGUAAGAAGCGCUCGUCGGGGUCUCGGAGCCGGCAGUCCAGUGUUUCGCCCCCCCCUCCCUCCUGCUUCCCACUGAAUUCCAGCCUGGGGGCUGAGCUGAGCCGCAGGAAGAGGGAGCGCCAGGCCGCCGCUGCAGGGGCAGCGAGGAGCUCCCUGGGGCCACGGAGAGAGGAGCCCAGGGCCCUGCCAGCCAACGCCAAGAGAGGGCCGAGCAAGCCUCCCAAACCAGCAGAGAAACAGAGCGAGGCCGAAGCCAACUCCGUCACUGCAGGGGUCAAACCAGAGCUGGAGGAGGUGUCCCCCCCAGAUGGGAACACAGCCCUCGAGAACCCCCCCCAGCCCCCACUCCCCCUCUCUGAGCCCCCCAGGGAGGAGCAGGUCUCACUGUCCGCUCCCCCUCCUCCUCUCCCAGUCCCCCAAAUCUCAUCUCCCCCUCCCCUGCCCUCGGCCACCCCUCCCCUUCCCCCACUCCCCCCUUCUCCUGCCACCCUCCUGCGCCAGCCUCCCCCUCCCCUGCCUGAGACCUACUCCCCCAGACCCCCUCCCCCCACUUCCUCACAGGGUAAAUCUCCUGCCCCGCCCCCGUCGCGGAGCCCUGCCCAUCCCCAUCUCUCCUCACACCCCCACCCCAAGACAUCCACCCUGCCCCCCCUCCCCCUGCCCCCCAUGCUGCUGGGAGAUAACAGCUUAGGCAGCCCGAAGGAAUUGCCCCCUCAUCGCUCUCAGAAGAAGGAGAAGGAGGGUCGAACGCGGCACCUGCUGACUGACCUGCCCCUGCCACCCUCCCUGCCAGGGGGGGACCCGUCACCCCCCCAGUCCCCCGUCCAGAAGACCUCCCCCCAGCCACUGUCUGCCUUCAAGAAGAGACCAAAGUUCUGCUGCCCGCGCUACGGGGAGAAGAAGCAGACGCAGAGCGACUGGGGGAAGCGCUGCGUCGACAAGUUUGGCAUCAUCGGCAUUAUCGGAGAGGGAACCUACGGCCAGGUGUACAAGGCGAAGGACAAGGACACAGGGGAGCUGGUGGCCCUGAAGAAGGUGCGUCUCGACAAUGAGAAGGAGGGGUUCCCCAUCACAGCGAUCCGAGAGAUCAAGAUCCUGCGGCAGCUGAACCACCGCAGCGUGGUCAACAUGAAGGAGAUCGUGACGGACAAGCAGGACGCACUGGACUUCAAGAAGGACAGAGGUGCGUUCUACCUGGUGUUCGAGUACAUGGAUCACGACCUGAUGGGCCUGCUGGAGUCGGGGCUGGUGCGCUUCUCAGAGGAACACAUCAAGAGCUUCAUGAAGCAGCUCCUGGAGGGGCUGGAGUACUGCCACAAGAAGAGCUUCCUGCACAGAGACAUCAAGUGCUCCAAUAUACUGCUGAACAACAGCGGACAAAUUAAACUGGCGGACUUCGGUCUGGCUCGACUCUACAACUCGGAGGAGAGCCGUCCCUACACCAACAAGGUGAUCACACUGUGGUACCGGCCGCCCGAGCUGCUGCUGGGAGAGGAGCGCUACACUCCGGCCAUCGACGUUUGGAGCUGCGGCUGCAUUCUCGGGGAGCUGUUCACCAAGAAGCCGGUCUUCCAGGCCAAUCAGGAGCUGGCUCAGCUGGAGCUCAUCAGCCGGCUGUGUGGCAGCCCCUGCCCGGCGGCCUGGCCCGAUGUCAUCAAGCUGCCCUACUUCAACACCAUGAAGCCCAAGAAGCAGUACCGGCGCCGGCUGCGCGAGGAGUUUGCAUUUAUCCCCAGCCACGCUCUGGACCUGCUGGACCGCAUGCUGACCCUUGACCCCGGGCGGCGCUGCACAGCGGAGCAGGCCCUGCAGAGCGACUUCCUGAGCAGUGUGGAGCCGAGCAAGAUGAGGCCCCCUGACCUCCCCCACUGGCAGGACUGCCACGAGCUCUGGAGUAAGAAGCGACGGCGGCAGAGGCAGAGCGGGGUGGCCGAGGACGUGCCUGUCCCCAAACUGCCCCGCAAGGACCCGGCACCCCCUCCUGCAGGCACAGUUAACAGCCGCUCCACCCCCAGCCCAGAGAGAACGCAGCCCCCCGCCCCCCCCUCCAGACAGGCCCCCCCCGUGGAGGAGCUGCAAGGAGGGACCGCCACACUGAAAGGUCUCGGUGAGGCCGCAGAGCAGCUCAAUCAGAACGAGAUGGCCGUGCUGCUCAAUCUGCUCCAGAGGCAGACGGACCUCAGCCUGCCCCAGAUGGCUCAGCUGCUGAAUGUGGGUUCAAACCCAGAGACUCAGCAGCAGCUGGAAUCUCUCACCCAAUCGCUGUCCGCGCUGACAGAGGCAUCCAAUCAGCAGCGAGGGCACCAGAAGGAGCAGCAGGAGGAGGAGCCUGGCUCUGCAGAACCUGCCGCAGCGCAGCCCCACCCCCCUGAGCCUGCCCCAUUGGCUGAACUGCCUGCCAGUCAAGAGGACCUGCCCAAUCUGCUGGCUCUGCUGCUGGGGCAGCUCAUCAAGCCACAGAAAGGGGCGGAGCAAACAGAUGAGCGCAACGGCAUCCAAUUGGAGGAGCCGCCUGCAGCCAGUGGCAAUGAACGCAAAGAGUCAGGUGUGGGCAGACGGAAGGCACCGGGUUCGAGUCAGAGUGUGGUUCCCCCUGAGAAGAGGCCUCCCGAACCCCCGGGCCCCCCCCCAGGACCCCCUCCCCUUCCCUCCAGUGAGGCCGAUGGAGAGCUCCCAGUCUCCCAGGAUCUGAACCCAGCGGUGGCUGCGGCUCUGCUGCAGCUCAUCACCCAACAGGAGGCGGGGCCAGGCCAGGAGAAGGCGGGGCCCAGGGGGAGGGGGGAGGAGUCCAAACACAGAGGGGCGGAGCCAGCUAAGCACAGUGCAGCGCGUUCCUCCAGCCAGCAGAGUGCAGCGCUGCCAGCACGGACUUGCACUGUGGUGGGGGGUGACCCCCCUGAGCACCCCCCUCCUGACAGAGCUGCACCCGAGCCAGACCCCCCGUCUGGGAAGCUGCUGCUGCUCCCCCCCAGCUCCAUGCAGUUCCCUGGGGAUCAGGACCUGCGGUUCAGCCGUGGUGCGCCCAUAGGGAAGCAGCCUACCGAACUAGGGGCCACAGAGCACAGCCAUUCUGAGGGGGCCACAGGGUGGGGUUCCAACAAGGGGUACAGGGAAGCCGCCCGCGCUCAGUCCAGGGGGGGCAGAGGGAAAGGGGUGCCCUACUGAGCAUCAGUACCCGCUGCAGUGACAGGGAGCCCUAAGAGGAUUGGGGCCUCCUCACUGACUGCUUCUCAUGUUAAUGAGGGUCCAAACCGAUACCCCGUUAAGGAGGUGUUGAGGGAGGCAAGUGAGCCUUAACUGAACCCCGAAGUAACUGGGACCCUUUGUGAACCCCCACCCUCCCUGGCCACCCCCGUACUGUAUUUAGGGUUACUUAGAAGGGUUAGAAAGACUACAGUGUUUGUUUUUUUCUUUCAUGGAGGCUUGAGCUGUCGGUCUGAGAGGUUGUUUUUUGGUAUGGAAAGUGUAGGUCUGGAGUGGCUGAACUGUGGAGCAGCGACUCCGACAGACACUGAAAUCCUUAGACCUGCGAUUCUGGGGGCUGAAUGAUUUUGGGGGGUGGGGGGGGGGGUUGUUGAGGGGACCUGUGGUUUGAAUGGAUCGUGCUCAGUAACUAACACACUAACUGGAAUAUAACAAGUACAAAGACUGCUUAAUGUGAAAUACUGAAUUAUAUGUGAGAAGAAACCUGACCUGACCUUGUGCCUCGUGCGCCUCUUUCAGUGACCCCUACUUGACCUGGCCCCCGAGAGGGGGGCUGCAUGAGGUACGCACCACGUGAUUAUUUUUAGUUUUUUAAGCGAAGCUUUUUUGUUAGACAGUGCAGAAUUGAUGUAAGAGAUCCACGGUGUUCCAGCACUCGGGAGAGCAGCCAGACUGAUUCUCUUUAUUUCGGGGUGUGUGUAGUGCGCCCUGUGAGGCUGCUGUCUGUGUCCUGUACCUCUGUGUGGAACACGAAUGCCCCCCCCCCCCCCCCCCCACUAGCAAUGUGCUGGAGAUGGGCUUCAAGCUGGAUUGCACGCUCUAACUCGCUCUCUCCUGGGAGCUGAAAUCUCCGUCUCCAUGGCAACAGUGGCAAUGUUUUUUAGCUCGCUGUGCUUUGAGCUGCACACUGCAGACUGCUGCCCACCCAGGUGUGCAGAGUGGAGGCUGCCAUUGUGGAUCCAGCACAGCAUCAGCGCUCUGCAGGAACCCAUAGAGCAACUGGACCAAAAUGGCAGACAUAGGAAUGCAGUUUCACCGCACCCUUCUUUCCUCGCUAAACACCCCUCUCCCUCUUCCCUGAAAUCGCAUCAUACGAUCGCACGCAGCGCCCUCUAGUGUUUACGCUGCCAUAUACCUCAAGGAAUACCAGUGGUUCAGUUUGAACUGUUCUGAAUUAACCCUUUAAGUCUGUUUGAAAGCUCUGCAUAUACCUUGUCUUCCAUUUAGUGUCAUUUAUCUGUCCCCCCCCAGCCUGGCUGAGUUGUAUUCGCCAGUAUGGAAGAGGCAGGAACUGAACGGUUCCUGAUAGUGUAUUUUCUGCUUGCUCAAUGUUUAGCAGUGUACGAUGAAUCACGCAAUUUCUGUCCGUUUUUACUUUCUUUUACUUUUUUGUUUCUGCAAGUUGUUCCCCAGAUCCUGCUACAGCUUUGAGAGUUACACACAUGAAAUAUGUUAGAACAGCUAUUGUGAAAUUAGUGUGCAAGUCUUCAAUGCUGCCCUGUGCUUUCAGCCACAAUCUGUCUAAAACUUUCCAUCCAUCCAGGUCUUCAGGGUGAGAUUAAAAGGUUUCCUCUCCCCUUUCCUGGCACUUUUUGUACAGGUUGGUACAGAAAUGCAUUUCACUGUGUGCCCCCCAGCAGUGUGCCCCCAGGCAGCGAGCGCAGCCCGUCUCUGUCUGCAUGCUGUUUGAUCUGCAGCACAUACAGCUUGAGUUCAGUUUCAUUUUUUUUUUUGUUUCUCUGCCAUUGGGGGGUGUGUGAAGAAACCAUUUGGUUGUACCGAUGUCUGUACAGAUAUUUUGUAAUAUAUAAAUUUUUUGUUUAUUAAAUUCAAUCUGAAGGUUAGAAACAAAAUAAAUGUGUGUCGUGAUUAUUU